GGGUGCAAAAAGUGGAAGUUCAGCCGGAAAUUGGUGUUAUUGUAAAAAGAACCCGUUGAGCCGCGAUCAAGUUGUGUAAUAUACUAGUAAACUGUUACAUUUGAACCUACACCGUUUUGUUAAGAAUAUCCGGCACGUUGUUAAAUCAAUUGGAAUCGUGUACCAACGUGCUCCGUUCUGAUUCGUCGUUCCGGCAGUCUUGGCAACGAAACUUCGAGAAAUUGUCGUUAAAUAAACAAAGUAAUCCUGCCGGUGCAAAGUGAGAACAUCGACGGUGAAUGUGCUAACCUUUUUGUGGUUGCUAGAUUGGUAAAAAUAAGGCGAGGUGCUUCAGCCGGCAUUUUGGUUUUCAACGUGUGCCUCUGUGUGUGUCGUCGCUGCGUAAUUAUUGCCACGGCCUCGCUACCGCCCGUGCCAAUCAACGAGAUAAAUUUACGGGGGUGAGCGUGCCAAGAAAAACAUCUGCAAACAAGCGGACGAGAUUGAUUAAACAUUGCACACCGAGUCGGGCAUAAUGUCGGCGGCUGACGAUUUCAAUCUCUCGCGGGACGAGUUUCGGAAUAUUACGCGCUGCCUGGAGAAUGAGGAAUUCCGCAGCCUGUUCAUCGAGUACUGUGAUGAGCUGCGCGAUCCUGCCAACCGGAAGCGCUACGAGGAAGAGAUGACUGUGUUGGAAGCCGAGCGGGGCUACGACGUGAAGUUCCUCAAUCCGAAACCCGGUUAUGUAAUUAAAACCGUUGUUGACGGCAAGCGUAAAGGAUUCGUCAAUGUGUGCUGCUGCGAGCUGGUGAAGCAACCGAUGAGCACCAGCGGUACGAACGACGACGGUCAGAAGGGACUCCGAUGGAGUAUUCCGUACGCGCAAAGCCAGCCGAGGAAGGAUUACGAUAACAAGAACGCCGAGUGCGUCGUGUACGACGUGAUGUUCCACCCGGACUCGUUGCAUCUGGCCUCGAAGAAUGAUGGGUUCCGUAAGCUGCUAACGGACACGGCCCUGGACGCAGUGGAGUCUUCAUUCAAAGUAAAGCUGGACCGGGCCAAUUUGCGCUUUCCGAAACUACAAUACAAAGGCAAUCCAAAGUGCACGGUUAUGCGGGAGAAACUGGGCAACUUUCCUGACCAUCAGUCUCCGGUGGAUAAGCUGGUACCAGCGAUGGCUCCUGUAGCAACAGUGGGCUCAAACGUUUCGGAAAUCAAAAGAUCAAACCCUGCCAAUCAGGCCCAACCCAAAAAUGGCAAGGAAAAUAUCGGGCAAAACGUCCACAACGGCCAUCUGUUCUACACAAAACCUGAGUACAAAAUUGUUCAAUGUCGUGACGUUGAUUACGAGGAGAUGACCAACGAGCUGGACGCCAAGAUUGAUGUUGCGAUACCGCGGCUACUCAAGGUGGUCAUUACCUUGCCGCUGCUGAAGUCGGCGGCCGAUUGUGCACUGGACGUGACAAAAUCGGCGCUUCAUUUAGUGAGCGAAAAGCCGGCACGGUACAAGCUUGAAGUAAAGCUGCCGUACGAGGUGCUCGAAAACGAGGGUACGGCCAAGUUCAAUGUGGACGACAAAACCCUCGCGAUAACGCUGCCAGUGAUGCGGAAGCGUAACAUCACUGUGCACGAUAUUAACCAAGCUAGUGCACCGAAAUCGAAACCGGAUGAGACCGAUACUCGCCAGAUUGCAGCGUCGGACAAACAGUUGGUUCGACAAAUCGGGGACCAAGAGAACGCGGAGCAUUUGCCCACCGAUAAACCGCGCACUACGGGGCCAGUCUUGGCCGCUACGAGAAAAACUGUCUUUCCCAAGUUUUCCGUCAACAGGAUGGAGAAUAUUUUUGCCUUUACGCUGAGCGUCCGCAACGUUGAUCCGGCAACGAUCGAGCUGGACAGUCGCGAGGACUCCGUGUACUGCCGUUUUUCGAACGUGGGCAACGGAUUCUUCCCGUGCUAUUACGUGUUUUUCGUCCGCUUCCCGAACGCACAAGUGACGGACGUCCAGCACGAGGAGUGGGACAAUAAUCUCAUCAUACAAAUUACGCUCAACACCGGUAACCUUUCGUCGUACUUUGCUGGUCCGACCGAGCAGGAAGCGGUUCAGUAUUCCAUCAUGGAGGAUAUAACGGACAAAAUUAAUAAAUUCGGGAAGGAGAUAGAGGACGACAGUCUGUGUAUAGCGGUCGUUCGCCAGGAAAAGAAUAUGAAGAAGGCAACCACAGGUUCUGGGCUCAGUAUCGAGAUCACGAAGAAGAAGGACACUGAGCAGCGGGUUAACGAGGAGAGAGGAGGGUACGAAACGGCUGUGCAGCCCGAUGGCCCAACUUGCGGCACGUCGGUGGAUGAGUGCGAUGGAAAGGAGACCGAGACGGAGGAGGCACAUGCCAUGCUAAAAGCAAAGCGGAAUGCUCGCAAGAAGAACAAGAAGCGAUCGCUUUCCGAAUCCUUUUGCGACCAUUUGAAAGUGAUCGUGGAGAACGAGGUCGGUGAUCAGUCAAAGCUGACCGACGGUCCGGCAAGUGGUGCCAGUGCGCCGAUCCAGGCGCCCCAUUCUGGUUUGAAUUCGCGCAAAGUUCGCAGCGUGUCCGAGUGCUGCCAGACCGCGGAAUCGGAAGCUGGCGAUGACUCGGAUUUACUGCCAUCACUUUCGUUUACGCGCAAGCUCAAGGGAAUACUCAAGCGCAGCUCGUACGAUCGCAGCAUCAGUGAAUGUUCGUCGGUGGACGAUUUGGGAACUUCGGUUGAGUUGAGCCUUCCGGGAUCGAUCGGUGAAGAAUGCCGCAAGACGGUUCGGUUCAACGAUGCCAUUCGCAAGCAGCUUUUCCGCUCAAACUCCAGCAUUUUGCGGCAGAAGAAGAAAUCUCAAAAGAAACGAGAGCUCAAACAACGAGCCUUGGUGCGACGCACUAGCGAAGGCGAAAGUACCGAUAACGACGAAAAAGACGGGCUGCAGCACGCGGAUCGCGGCUUGAGUUCGGAUGAGAAGGAGGCGAUGGAAAAUGAUAGCGGAGUUUCUUUCGAUUCCGAGUCCGGUGAUAAAGACAUACACAGCGAUCCCGGGACGGGUGAUCUCACGAUGAGGACUGGCAAUAAGAACUGCAGUUCUCCGAAAAACCGGAAAAACAACAACAAAGGGAACGGAAAACUCGGUGGAAACCGGAAAGCGGAUGUGCAGAACAUCGAAUUCAAGAGUGAUAUGAUUUUCGAUAUCGAAAUGUAAGCUUAUGUUUUGGUUUUUACGAAACACAAAAUUAAAAUGAUUGUAUGCCUACUUCUUUAGUGAUUGUGGUUGGCGUCAACCUUGCGGUAGAUUGUUAAGCACCAGUAGAACCGAUAGGAAUAUUUUAA